CCCCCUCACGCCACCACCACCAUCACGUCCUCUCUUCCUCCUGUCUAUCUCGAUAUCCGCUGCUUUGGUUUGGACGGGGGGAAAUCCUUAACUGAAUUGCGUCAUAAAUACGUCAAUAAACUCUCAUUCACGGACGACCAGGUACCACGAUAGCCGCCAUAUUCGCAUCCAUGGCAGGGUAGCGGUGCUGUCGGCGAGCGUAUGGUCCAGUCAUCAGCAUCAACUAUUCCCCGCACAGACCCCCCGAUCCCAUCCUGAUCGUGGUCUGCAGACACACAGCUUUGGAUCUGAUCAUCAAAGCAGAACAACCGGACAUCCACAGAGGGGAAGACAUGCAACGUGGAGCGGGGGUCUAGGUAGACUACGAUGCCUUAGACUUAGAGAGGGAUCCUGGCACAAGAUGGACGAAAACAGCGUUUGUAGUGAGGUCAAUGGACAUGAGAUCAUGGACGAGCCCAUGGAGGAGGGAGACUCUUUCUCACACUGUGAUGAAGGGACGUAUGAGGAGAUUCCCAUCACUCAUCAUGUGAAAGAGGGCUGUGAGAAAGCUGAUCCGUGUCAGUUUGAGCUGCUCAAAGUCCUCGGCCAGGGCUCAUUCGGCAAGGUUUUUCUUGUCAGGAAGAUCAUUGGUCCGGAUGCGGGUCAGUUAUAUGCAAUGAAAGUUCUAAAAAAGGCAUCUUUGAAAGUCAGGGACAGGGUUCGCACUAAGAUGGAAAGAGACAUUUUAGUCGAAGUCAACCAUCCCUUCAUAGUGAAAUUGCACUACGCCUUUCAGACAGAAGGGAAACUGUAUUUAAUACUGGACUUUCUCAGGGGAGGGGAUGUAUUCACUCGCUUAUCCAAAGAGGUUAUGUUUACAGAGGAAGAUGUGAAAUUCUACCUUGCAGAGCUGGCCCUGGCCCUCGACCACCUGCACAGCUUGGGCAUAGUUUACAGAGAUCUCAAGCCUGAGAACAUCUUACUUGAUGAAGCUGGACACAUAAAGUUAACAGACUUUGGCUUGAGUAAAGAGUCAGUAGAUGUUGAUAAGAAGGCUUAUUCCUUCUGUGGUACGGUGGAGUAUAUGGCCCCUGAGGUGGUCAACAGGAGAGGACACACACAAAGUGCGGACUGGUGGUCUCUCGGAGUACUCAUGUUUGAGAUGCUAACGGGGACAUUACCGUUCCAAGGGAAAGACCGCAACGAGACCAUGAACAUGAUUCUCAAAGCUAAGUUGGGAAUGCCCCAGUUCCUAAGUUUGGAAGCCCAAAGUUUGCUGAGAAUGCUGUUUAAACGUAAUCCUGCUAACAGACUGGGGGCCGGGCCCGACGGAGUGGAGGAGAUCAAACGCCACGCUUUCUUUUCCACCAUCGACUGGAAUAAACUGUACAGGAGAGAGCUCCAGCCCCCAUUCAAGCCUGCAGCAGGUAAACCAGAUGACACGUUCUGCUUCGACCCCGAGUUCACCGCUAAAACGCCUAAAGACUCCCCGGGUAUCCCGCCCAGUGCUAAUGCCCACCAGCUCUUCAAAGGCUUCAGUUUCGUUGCUCCAGCCCCUAUGGAUGAGAACAAGAGCUCCCCCAUGCUCAGCAUACUCCCCAUAGUUCAGAUGCACGGGGGUUCGACAAAGUUCUCCGAUCUUUACGAGCUGCAGGAGGACAUAGGGGUCGGCUCCUACUCCAUUUGUAAACGAUGUGUACACAGAGUCUCUGCCAUGCACUAUGCUGUGAAGAUUAUAGACAAAAGCAAGAGGGACCCCUCUGAGGAGAUCGAAAUCCUGAUGCGUUACGGACAGCAUCCCAACAUCAUCACUCUGAAAGACGUGUAUGACGAGGGCAGGUACGUGUACCUGGUGACGGAGCUGAUGAAAGGAGGGGAGCUGCUGGAUAAGAUCCUCAGGCAGAAGUUUUUCUCUGAGAGAGAGGCCAGUGCUGUGCUCUACACCAUCACCAAGACUGUUGACUACCUCCACUGCCAAGGGGUGGUACACCGAGACCUGAAACCCAGUAACAUCCUUUACAUGGAUGACUCGGGAAAUCCUGACUCCAUCAGGAUCUGUGACUUUGGAUUCGCCAAGCAGCUUCGAGGAGGCAACGGCCUGCUCCUCACCCCCUGUUACACCGCUAACUUUGUGGCACCCGAGGUACUGAUGCGGCAAGGUUAUGAUGCAGCCUGUGAUAUAUGGAGUCUUGGAGUUCUACUGUAUACCAUGCUGGCAGGGUACACGCCGUUUGCUAACGGGCCAAACGACACGCCAGAGGAGAUUCUGCUCCGGAUAGGAUCUGGAAAGUUCUCUUUGACAGGCGGCAACUGGGAUACUGUAUCAGACAGCUCGAAGGACCUGCUGUCCCAUAUGCUCCAUGUGGACCCUCACCAGCGAUACACAGCAGAGCAGGUUCUGAAGCAUUCCUGGAUCACCUGCAGAGACACGCUACCGCACUUCCAGCUCACACGCCAUGAUGCACCUCACCUCGUCAAGGGAGCCAUGGCUGCCACAUAUUCAGCACUGAGCCAGAAGACGAGUCAGCCGGUGUUGGAGCCGGUGGCGGCGUCCAGUCUAGCCCAGAGACGCAGCAUGAAGAAACUCACCUCAACAGACAUGUAGACACCCAACGCCCUCCUGUUUCACUUAACUCUCAAGUCGGACUCUCAUACGCAAAAACACACACAGAUCAAAGUCCUGGCCAGUUGUCCUACUGUCUCCCUUUUUAACCUAUUUAUUUGACACCCCCAACAUAUGCACACUCACACUGGACGUGGUUGCAUUGUGAAGACAUCAGCUGAAGCGGAGAGGGGGAAACUCACAUAUCUGUUACUGCUGGGAACACAGAGUUGUAUUUAUUUCCACAGCUUUCAUAUGCACUUGCCCUCCUCGCCUUUUUCAUUCUCUCUUCCUCUGUGUGGGGAAGAAACACACACCAGCUGAUGUUCUCCUUCACUGUGAUUGGCUGAUUCAAAGCUGCUUCGGUAAACUGUGCCCCCCCUCCCACUGCUCUUCAUCUGUGCUCCUUAGUUAUCUCUCCUUUCCUCAUUGCCGUUUGCUGUCUUAACUUCUUUUCUUCAAAGUGCAGUAAUGGUUUAUGUGCGAGAGUGUUGGCAGGCUGGUAUUGACGCAGGGUCAUCGUAAGACUUGCCUCUCUUAAAAAUAAAAAAAUAUAUGAUUCUGCUUCUGAAAAAGGUCCCUCACGAUCAAAAAUAAUCUGCCAGCACUUUUGUUACAUAAAUGCAUGUGGGCUGAACCUGUGUUUCUUCUCCCUUUAACUCGUCGUCUGACUCAUGUUACUUUAAGAUGCUAACAAUGUAUCAGAAAGAGGAAGAAAAAGCUGCAUAUGGAAAGAAGAAAGAGUUCAAAGGUGGAGAACAAGGUGGUUACAAUGACAGGAAAUUCUAGUUUGCAAAAAAA